AUGACGAAUCUAAAGCUCCUCAUCUUUGGGAUGCACCCUCGAGAGUUCUACAGCCUGAACCAAAGAGAUAUCGAGUGGGAAUUGACUCACCGACACUCAAAGGACAUUGAUGACGAGACACUUCUGGAACUUUACACGAAGUGGCUUGCCAGGAAGACUCCUUUUCUGGGCCUUACAGAUCACACAGCCUCUUCCAGGGUCAUUCGAGAUGCCUGCGACUACCUCAGCUCUAGGAAGUACGAAAAGCAUCUUGUGCUCAGCGCCUUCAACCAGCACAAAAAAGACUACCUCAGAGACCGACCUCAGGAUAAGCGGACCUUCAACCUUGCCAGACGGGACAUCGAAAUCAACUACAAAUUGCGUGGUGUCCACCACAAGGUGAAGAACUCAUCUGCCACAAAAGAGGCAGCCUUGGCCGCGCGCCUGCCAUAUUCACCCCUACCUGCUGGACUUUACACCCAAGCGAGCGAGCCAGUCCCCGAAGUUCGGAAAUCGGGAAACAUACGCCCUGACGCUGAAGAUUCCCGUCCCAGUCGUCGGCGGAAGCUCGUUGACCGAUCGCCUGAGACUUUGUCUUUGAACCAGCAGAAGCCUCAUGCUGGCUACGUAUGCAAUCGCUGCGGAAUACCAGGUCACUUCAUUCAGCACUGCCCCUCGACCAAGCCUCUUCUUCAUAAGAAUGUAGGUCCUCGUCAGUCUGGAAGCAACUCUCAACCACUCGGACAUCGACUUCGUUCGGACUUUUAUCGCCCUAUCGACUUGAACCUUGCGGACGAUAGUAGCCGUCCCGAGAGACCACGCCAACGCGUUGACACUUAUCGCCCCAACGACACUCGUCAAUUCAUCGAUACGUACCGUCCUGAUACUUCCAGCCGUCUUGACGAUACGUUCCGCUCUGAUGAGCAUUCUCAUCUCAAUCUUGCCUAUCGUCCUAAGGAAUCGGAGAGAACUGGUGCCUUGGGCCUGAAAAAAGCCAUAGAGCAGAGUCUAGAUAGAGAAUUUGACGAGGAAGAGGCGAAGCUUCGAUCCCGCCUGACCAAACGGCACACUGACGGCAGACUCUCUCCUUGGGACGAUAUCGAAAGACCGGCGAAGAGACAGCGGCACGAACACCCCUUUGCUGGCGGUCUCCCUUGGGACGACGUUGAGAUGCCUCCCAAAGAGAAACACCAAUCUGCUCUCGUGGGCCGAACUAUGCAGAGCCUUGGAGCUGCCAAGAAAGACUUGGACGUCGGCACAGAAACGAAGCCAGCUGGCGCAUCCGAGAAUAUUCCCGUGGACAAAGGCGGAGCUUUAGACUCAGCCGAAGACAUGGAGCCUGGAAGAGUAACUGACUCGCUGUGGAAGCAAGCAAGCAUGGAGUCGGACGAAUUUUUCGCGGCGUUAGGAAGAGAGCUUUUCUUCCGAGCGCAGCCAGGUGCCUUCGAGAUCAUGCCUACCACUCAGUCGAACGAUGGAAGUAUGGUCAUGCAGUCCGCUUCUCCGCCGUCUGCGACUUUCCAGGAAGAAAUUAUCAUGCCCAGAAACCUCGAUUCUGAUGAUUACUACAAUGGCAACACCGACAACGACGAUGCUUCCAUGGGAGAUGCCCCUGACGAGAUGGGUCAGGCUCCAAGCACCCCCAUCGAGGUGAACCAUGGCUCAUCUCAUGCGGAGGAGGUUAUUAUCCCUUUACAAACCUUGAAGCCUCUUCAUAGAGGUUCUCCGUACGAUCCUCACGUCUUGGCUCUGUUCCGAAGCAGGCGGCACGAGAACGUUUACGUCAAUAUUGCUCGCCGACGCACCGCUAUUGAGAUUGAUGAGGCUUGGGAGCCGGAGGAGGAACACUCGGCCACCUCGAAAAUAGAUGAGUAG